GGAGAGGCAGAGGGUUGGAGUGACCUUAGAUCACCCAGUCCAUCUUCCUGCCAAGGCAGGGUCACCCAGAGCAGUGACACAGAGCACAUCCAGUUGGGUCUGCAGUGUCUCCAGAGAGAGAACUCUAUGUUCUCCCUGGGCAGCUGUUCCAGAGCUCUGCCACCCUCCACAUAAAGAAAUUCUUCCCCAUGUUGAGGUGGAACUUCUUGUGUUCUAUUUCAUGGCCAUUGUUCCUCAUCCUGAUGCUGGGCACCACUGAACAGAGUCUGGCACUGUUUUAAAAGGAGCCUGGGCAGCAGUGGGGGGAAAUGUUGAGAAGAGCUUUAACCUGUGAAACAAUUAACAGUUGAUGGGCAAACUCUGGGUGAUGUCCCUGUGUUAGAAAACCAAUUAAGGGUUUAGUGCUUGACAUAGUUUAGUGCUCUCAGUCCUGGAGAAGGAAGUUAGCAGAGCCUGGGAGGGAAAUUUAUUGUUGAGAACUGAACAGUUUAUAAACCGCAUUACAUAAAGCAGAGAUGCCCUAUUUGGGAAAAAGAUAAUAAAAAGACUGAAAAACAUCGACUAAUUAGCAUGAGAAGCGAGAAAUCAAUAACAAAUAGAAGACAGAAUACUAAUUAAUGAAGAGAACUAGAACUCUGUGAAUUGCCAGCUAAUUAACAUUCAUCUCUUCACUGAAAUGUAUAAAUAGAUUAGCGUUUUGAUGACAGACAUGCAUUUUGCGGGGAGCCAUCCCCGUGUUCCUUCAAUACCGAAUCACGAAUGCCUCCUUUCUAACAAGCAGCUUGGAGAGUUAAUUUUUAUUUCCCGGUGCUCGGGUUGCGGUGUCCGGGCAGGCCCCGCUGAGGGGCCGCGCUCGCUCGGUUGUCACAGCGACGGCGACGCCGCAGCCAUGUCGGAUGCGGGCUCCGAGGACGCCGAGUCCGGCGAGGCCGGGAAAGACAUCGGGGAGUACGAAGGAGAUCGCGAUGGCGAGGGGCAGCGGCACGGCUUCGGGAAGGCGCGGCUGCCCAAUGGUGACACCUACGAAGGCGAAUACGAGCAUGGUUUGAGGAGUGGACAUGGGACCUACAGGUUUAAAAACGGUGCUCUCUACACCGGGAACUACCUUCAAAACAAAAAGCAUGGCAAAGGUGUCUUUUUUUAUCCAGAUGGAUCAAAAUAUGCAGGAGACUGGGUGUAUGACCAGAGACAGGGCUAUGGAGAAUAUCUGUAUGCAAAUGGAGACACCUAUACUGGAGAAUGGGCUAACAACAAGAGGCAUGGGCAAGGCACAUAUGUCUAUAAAGAGACAGGAUCUAAGUAUGUUGGUUGUUGGGUAAAUGGAAUCCAGAAUGGACCAGCUGAACUUAUCCACCUAAACCAUAGAUUUAAGGGCAGGUUUCUCAAUGGAAAGCCUUUAGGUCGUGGCAAAUUCAUCUUUGAUAUUGGAUGUGAGCAGCAUGGUGAAUACAUACAACCAGUGCAGGAAAAAGAGGAGGAAGAUGAGGAUGAACCACCAUUACCUCUUGAACCAAUAUGGAAAGUAUCAGAAAUUACCAAAUUAACACCCUGGUCUCCCCAUGAUGAGGAGCUGCUAGUCUCCAGAGAAGCAGCAGGUGCAGUAGCUGAAGAGGAGGAAGUUCCAUCAGCUAUAGAUACUGAGGAGGGUGGGGAUCACCUUGCAAGUGAUGCAGGAGGGGAAGGUGAGGGAAAAAGAGAGGAAGAAGUAAAUCAAGAUCAGGAGGAUCAAGAAAUUACUGAUUUCGGAGGAUGAACCAGAGGAAUCAGAGGAAUUGGGUAUAAAGGAAAAGACCCAAAAAAUGAAAUUUUUAAGUAGAUGAUUUUGUGUGGUAAGCCUGCAAUAUUUUUCUUUGUAAACGGUUGUGUUAAGAUGUUUUGAAUAAACAUUUUUUGGUGCUUUGAAUAAA